AACGAUAAAAGCGGGGAAAUGAAAAACAUAUAAAUACUCCCUUCAAACUUAAUGACUUGAGUGUAACGAGAUCGAUUAUGAGUUUUAAUAUUUUAAUUCAACACCAGACUCUUAUUGUGCGGGAGACACCGAGAGGCAGCUUUUAUGUUAAAAGCAGCACUUACCGUAAUGCUUAGUAUACAGAGGUACACCACGGCCAACAAGAACAACAAAUAAAACAACGCGGGUGGUAGCCCGUUGUUUGGCAGUAGCUGCUGGCUUGAACGCUGUGGUUUCUUUGCGUGAGCAGAAAUGACUUCUCAGAUCCGUCAAAACUUCCACCAUGACUGCGAGGCUGCCAUUAAUAGACAGAUAAACCUGGAGCUGUAUGCCUCUUACGUUUAUCUCUCUAUGGCAUACUAUUUUGAAAGGGAUGAUAAAUGCUUGCCAAAUUUUGCAAAGUUCUUUCACAAUCAGUCCAAAGAAGAGGUUGUGCAUGCAGAGAAGCUGAUGACCUUCCAGAACAAGCGGGGAGGCAAAAUUUUUCUGCAAGACAUCCGGAAACCUGAUAGAGAUGAGUGGGGGAGUGGUGUGGAGGCCUUGGAGUGUGCCCUGCAGCUGGAGAAAAAUGUAAACCAAUCCCUGCUGGACCUGCAGAAAAUGGCCACUGAACACAACGACCCUCAUAUGUGCGACUUCAUAGAAACACAUUUUCUGGACGAGCAGGUAAAAUCCAUCAAACAACUCGCCGACUGGAGCUCAAACCUACGCCGGAUGGGAGCCCCUCAGAGCGGCAUGGCUGAGUACCUCUUUGACAAACACACCAUGGCUGAAGAGGGCAGUUAAACUGAGGCACUGGUGAUCACUGGUGAUUCUGCUGCAUGCCUGCCAAAUACAGUACAUACUGCAUAUGUUAUAAAAGAAUGCUGCUUUAUUUGUGUUCAUUAGCUGCUAGCAGAGGCUGUAGCGCAGACUAGAGUGGUGUAACCCUCACCUCACACUACGUGCAGUGUGUAAAAAUAAAGACUAAGCAGGCCUUUAAAUCAUGCUAGUUAUGCAUUCAAAUUUCCUUACAUGUCACGUUUAGGAAGAUUGGACCGUGACACUUUUAGGCUGUAAUAAUUUAAAUUACAUGCAUUGAAAACUUAUUAUUCAACCUUUUUUGUUUGAGAAUUUAAAAAGCAAAGAGAAAUUCUGCAUCUGUUACACCAGUGGUGUUUAAUAUUUUUUGACUGUAAAGUAAGGUAAAAGCACUUUGGACAGAGUUGGACCUACCAUGUGUGUUACCACUUCAUUACCUCUUAUUUAGCACUUGAGUCCAACCAUCUUGCUCCAUUUGUUGGCUUUUCAAGCUCCUCUUCAGGUAGUGUGGCACCAUGUUGGCAUUAAGCGACACCUCCCAAAGAUGACACACUCAGGCUGAGGUCUUUUGUCCAGCUGAAGCCCCAGGCUUCUGUGUACUGAUAAAGCUAAAACAGUAUUAGUCGCAAUAAGGUUUUUCUGGCUUUUUCAAUUAUUCUAUUCGUUUUCUUUUUUUUCCACUUUUUUUUCAGCUUGUUUUGUUUUUGACAGUUAAAUAAACAUUAACAUGCAUAAGCAGUGAGACCUGUGAAAAUGUUUUCUCAUUGUAUUUUAUUUGGACUGAUUGCUUCCUUCUGCAGGUGUAAAGUCAAAUUGUAGAUACAGUAUGCUUGUAAAAUAAAACAAUAAAGUUGUAAUGUACAAAUAAA